CUGUCCAGUUCACGGGAGACUGGGAGACUGGCUGGGUGAAGGCAAACACCUCCUACAAGUCCUUCAGCCACGUCCUGGUGAACACAGACGUCGGGCUGCACAUCGGCCUGGCGGGGGUGAACGUCACGCUCCUGGGAAACCCGGUGAAGCAGGUCAAUGAGACCAUCAACUACAACGAGAACUUUGCCUGGAGCUUCGGUGCGGACUACGACCACAGCUAUGGUGAAGGCCUGGAGAAGGGGCUGCCGAGCCCCAUCCUCUACGUGGCCGAGAAGUUCACCGCGCAAAGCCCAUGCGGCGUGCACAGGCAGUACCGCAUCUCCGGCCACUACGCAUCGGCCACUCUCUGGGUGGCCUUUUGCACCUGGCUCAUCUCCAACAUGCUCUUCUGCAUGCCUGUCCUCGUCUAUGGAGGCUACAUGCUCCUGGUCACAGGGGCCUUCGUGAUCUUUUCGUUGCUCUCCUUCUCCACCGUGAGGAACUCCCCGAUGUGCCAAAUCCAGUUUGGGACCGCAACCCUGCGCACAGGCUAUGGGGGAUCUUUCUGGCUCACACUCGUGAUCGGUUUGCUCUGUUUUGUGGCUGGGAUCACUGUUGUCGCACUGCACUGCUUCAACUUGGACCUACUGAAAACUCUCUUUGAUCUCCGUGAGGACAAAGCAGAGGAAUACCAGGAAAUGACUGAAGUGUAUGUCAACCCUCAUGUUGUGAACAAAGGGCUGUCUCCUCAGCCCUCCAAACUCAACCUCAACAACAUCUAG